GUGCGUGUGCACAUGUAUUCGUAUGUUUGUCUGAGCAUACAAAAGCUAUGUUUGCAACCUUAGAUACUGCUUUGAAUGAUCUCUACCCGUGUCUGGCAUUAUGAUAUUCAACCAUCAACACCGCUUUCAUUUAUUUCAGAUAUCUGGAGCAUGAUUUAGGAUUUUCAAGAGAGCAAUUUUCUAAAUUAUAAGAUAUCUAGGAGCAAUCUCUAGCUCCAAGAGGUUGAUUCACAUUUUCAAUCAUCUUCCUGGAGGUGGGUUGGUCCUAGCAAAAUCUUUGUCACCUUUAAGGGAAGCUUCCAAGGAAAGUGUGCCUUAGUUAUAGUCUCUUGACAUGUAAAUAAGAAAAUUGACCUUUCCUCACAUGGUUCGAAAGAUGUAUCAAAUAACUAGUUCAUUAAUAGCCAUGAUUGUUCUAGGGAAAAACAUAGUGUCCUACAGGGGAAAAAAGUGAAACAAUCUGAUUGUGUCUUGAUUUCAACACAUUUCCAACUCACUCGACGAAUAAACAUUUUUCGGUUCACUAGAUAAGGCUAACUUAUCAAUAUUAGCCUGCCCAAUCCAACCAUUGUGGAGCAGAUUUGAACAGGUUUCUGAAUUAGGAGGUUAGUUCUCCCACACACUGCAACAGCUUACAAAAAACAGAAAAAUGGAUAAGCAACAAAAAUUGAAGUCGAUAUUAGAUUAUUGUGUUGGAAUGGAAGUAUGAAGAUGAAUAGUUAGAAAUUUUUUGAGACUGUUUCCUUGAAAUCUUCUCAGAGAGAGGAAAAUAUUUAAUGCUUUUACUUUCUGGUUCAUUUUUGAAUCAUCUACGACUUCUAUAAGUUAAGCUAAUCAUUGGCAGAAGUGGUGAAGCAGUCCAAAGUCUGUUCAUUCCUCUAAUAAUUUGAGGGAAAUUUUCUGGCACACUUUACUCUUCUUCUUAUCCUUUAGUUUUAAUUAUGGAUUCAGUUGUUGGGUACAUGGUGACUAAAAUAGCGUGCUAGUAAAUGACACCAAAUAUCGUUUAAAAUAUCAAUUUUCUCAGACAUUUCUUUGUGCCAGAUCUUGUUGGAAUUUGACAACUUUGAUGAAGCACUUGAACUCCUUGAUCAAGGGACCUCGGAAGGGAUGCUACCAGAUGUAUUGCUAUAUAACACUAUUAUUCAAGUAGCAAGUGAGAAGGGAAGAAUCGACGUGAUUGAGCUUAUGGUUGAGCAGAUGCAUCAAGAGAAGAUUCAGCCUGAUGCAUCAACCAUCAGUUGUGUUUUCUCUGCAUAUGUAGACAAUGGCUUCCAUAGUACUGCAAUGGAAGCAUUGCAGGUUCUAAGUAUGAGAAUGAUUUCUGAAGAUAACAUUCUUCAAGAAAAUAGAAUAGAAUACGAGAAUCUAAUAUUUGCCGAAGACAAGGAAGCUGAAUUACAAAUACUCGAGGCUUUUAAAGAGUACAAGGAGAAUCUUGCCACCGCCCUUCUGUAUUUAAGAUGGUGUGCCUUGUGUGGAUGUCCAAUAUCUUGGUUACCAAAUCAAAGUCAGUGGGCUAAGAGACUUACGAGCAAUUAUGCUUCAAGAAGACGUCCCAUCUGAUAAAUUCGAGAAUUUAUUGAAUUUAUGAACCAUGGCAUUAUGGCUUGUCAUCACACUACUGAGUUAAUUACAGGAGCUGCAGGCCUCUGAUACCAAGCAAGACAUGAAAGAAAUAAUGGAUGUAAAUAUAUCAACAAGCAUACAAGUCAAGUAGUCAGACCCCCCUCUAUUUAGCAAACAGAUCUAUUCUCAUGUUCCUAUGAUAGUUAAUUAGUCCUUGAAUAUUUUCACUUUUCGGAAUUCUUUGAAUUCAUCUGCAAAAGGGUCCUUGACAUGUGGAGGACUGUACUGUGAAAUCGACCUGGAUUUGGAACUUUGCAAAAAACACUAGUCUUAGUCAAGUGUUGCAUUUGGGACCAUUGUAUAGAUUGACUUCGAGAAAGUUUUAUUUGAAGAAGAUUCAUAGUAUGAGGUGGUCCUGCCGAUUCAUGCGUAUGCUCCUUCGUCAUGGUAUUAUCAAUGCCAAUCUCCUUUAGUUUUGGAAUCUAUACAUGGAUUUAUAAAUUAGCCAACAGCUUAGUUGCGGCUUGUACAUCAAAUUGAAGAGUCCAAAGACUGCCCUUUGUAUUGUGCAUGAAUGCAGCCAUGUUUUGUACUGAUUAAAAAUCAUACUAGUUUUCUGUUAAUUACUUUUCUAUUUUUUCCCUUCUUAAUUUAGGUAAGUCAGCGUGACUAGUUGAAAAGUUGAAAUUCAAUAUCGAUAUGUACUUUCCAAAGAUACAAUCUUUUAGAUUAUUUCAGAAUAUUUAU